UAUACCUACUUCCUCAACAAUUGUCAUUAUUCUAUUUUGUUCACUGUCUCCCUUCACCUUGGAAUCAUAAUAAUAACAAUUAUAAUAGUAAUAAUAACAAUAAUAAUUUAUGGUACGUGAUUUGGAUGAAUUUGUCUGCCCGUCUAAUUUACAGGAGGACGUCUGCGGUCGUCUCUAGCACCACCAUGAGCCGCCUAGUCACGUUUGACGCGACCAACACGCUGAUCCGGCUGCGCUAUUCGCCGGGGGAUUACUACGCGGCGGUGGCCGGCCGGCACGGACUCGUGGUCUCGGCGCCCGAGGCCGACCGCUCGUUCCGGCACCACUUCCGCACACUGCUGGCGGAGGAGCCCAACUUCGGGCGCGGCCUGGCCGGCGGCUGGCGCCGCUGGUGGACCACGCUGGUGGGCCGAGUGCUGACCGACGCCAGCGCGACGCCGCCGAGCUCCGAGACGGCCGGCGCCGUGGCCGACCGCCUCCUGGCCGACUACGCCGGCGUGGAGUGCUGGCGCACGGCAGAGGGGGCCGUGCCACUGCUGGAGCGACUGGCCGCGCGCGACAUCCGACUCGGAGUCGUGUCCAACUUCGACCCGCGCCUGCACCGGCUGCUCGAACGGUUCGAGCUGAGCCAGUACUUUGACUUUGUGAUCGCGUCCUACGAGUAUCCGUUCUGCAAGCCUGACCAGCGAAUUUUCGAGCUGGCGCGGCGCUCGGCGGGUGCUGACCGCUGCACGCACGUCGGUGACAGUGUGCGACUGGACUACGAGGCUGCGCGUGCCGCCGGCUGGGAGGCGGUGCUGGUGGGGUCCGUGCCGCCAGAGGCGGGGGUCGAUCCGGCGCACCUUUGUCCCCGGCUGGCCGAUCUAGAGGACUACCUGAACUAAUGGCGACGAACGGGACUUUCCGUCAAGGGACUGAGCAAUGAGCAUGCUGCUGAUAGAAAGGACAAAACUGGGGUAAACGCGCUGGGAUCGCUAAAUCGCUAAGCUUAUGUGCUUUUAACAUGUAGUGGACAUAAUUUUGUUAAGUUGGUUGUCGUUUUACGGUACUACGAAUGAUGGAUGGUAUACACCGGCCUAUACUGGUGUUACAUGGCAAUAAGCGGUGACGGGUAGAUAAAAAUGUCAAUGCUGCAGGCCAGCAGAGACGUAGAUUGUGUGCGAUGAGCUGCAUAAUGCGGGCGUGGUAGAUUUAUGCCGAAAGAUAAAGGUAUGACACAAUAAGCGCUGACAUAUUACGGGUCUAGCUGCACAUGGAAUGUGUUAGAUGAGGAACAACAAGUAGGCAUUUAUAUUGCAAUGUGACAUUCAGGUCUGUGCGUGCGUGUUCCGUCCAAGAUGAUAAUAGCGAUAAGUGAUCACUUUACUAAAAUGGUUUUUUAGUCGCCUCGUACGCUGCUGGUUAGCACUAACGGUGGCUGGUGCAGCGCAUAUCUGGUGAUAAUGUGAUGCAAUGUAAAUGAUAUUGCAUGUUUUAAGGUCAAUACACCAAUUAUUGACUCUUCUUUGGGUCUCGCUGGUCGCAUGACAAUGGACGACGGAAAUAUCUAUGAAUUCUACUUCGUAGUGAAAUGGCAGGGUUUUGCUGGCUGGUCAAGGUGAAAAUACGCGCAUAGGAGCCAAUAGUGAAAACAUUGCGCUCCGAUUAGAACGGGGAAAACG